AUGGAUCAUGCUGAAGAAAAUGAAAUCCUUGCAGCAACCCAGAGGUACUAUGUGGAGAGGCCUAUCUUUAGCCAUCCAGUCCUCCAGGAAAGACUACACACGAAGGACAAGGUUCCGGAUUCCAUUGGGGAUAAGCUGAAACAGGCAUUCACAUGUACCCCUAAAAAAAUAAGAAAUAUCAUUUAUAUGUUCCUACCCAUAACUAAGUGGUUGCCAGCUUACAAAUUCAAGGAGUAUGUGUUGGGUGACUUGGUCUCAGGCAUAAGUACAGGAGUGCUUCAGCUUCCUCAAGGCUUAGCCUUCGCAAUGCUGGCAGCGGUACCCCCGGUAUUUGGCCUGUACUCUUCAUUUUAUCCUGUUAUCAUGUAUUGCUUUUUUGGAACCUCCAGACACAUAUCCAUAGGUCCUUUUGCUGUUAUUAGCCUGAUGAUUGGUGGUGUGGCUGUUCGAUUAGUACCAGACGAUAUAGUCAUCCCAGGAGGAGUAAAUGCAACCAAUGGCACUGAAGCCAGAGAUGCCCUGAGAGUGAAAGUUGCCAUGUCUGUGACCUUACUCUCAGGAAUCAUUCAGUUUUGCCUAGGUGUCUGCAGGUUCGGAUUUGUGGCCAUCUAUCUCACAGAGCCUCUGGUCCGUGGGUUCACCACCGCAGCGGCCGUGCAUGUCUUCACCUCCAUGCUAAAAUACCUGUUUGGAGUCAAAACAAAGCGGUACAGUGGGAUCUUUUCAGUGGUAUAUAGUACAGUUGCUGUGUUGCAGAAUGUUAAAAACCUCAACGUGUGUUCUCUAGGCGUCGGUCUGAUGGUUUUUGGUUUGCUGUUGGGUGGCAAGGAGUUUAAUGAAAGAUUUAAAGAGAAAUUGCCAGCACCCAUUCCCUUAGAGUUCUUUGCGGUGGUAAUGGGAACUGGCAUUUCAGCUGGGUUUAACUUGAAAGAAUCAUACAAUGUGGAUGUUGUUGGAACACUUCCUCUGGGGCUACUACCUCCAGCCAACCCGGAUACCAGCCUCUUCCACCUUGUAUACGUGGAUGCCAUUGCCAUAGCCAUCGUUGGAUUUUCAGUGACCAUUUCAAUGGCCAAGACCUUGGCAAAUAAACAUGGCUAUCAGGUUGAUGGCAAUCAGGAGCUCAUUGCCCUGGGACUGUGCAAUUCCAUUGGCUCGCUCUUCCAGACCUUCUCCAUUUCCUGCUCCUUGUCUCGAAGCCUUGUUCAGGAGGGAACUGGAGGGAAGACACAGCUUGCAGGUUGUUUGGCCUCGUUAAUGAUCCUGCUGGUCAUAUUAGCCACUGGAUUCCUCUUUGAAUCAUUACCACAGGCUGUGCUGUCCGCCAUUGUGAUCGUCAACCUGAAGGGAAUGUUUAUGCAGUUCUCAGAUCUCCCCUUUUUCUGGAGAACCAGCAAAAUAGAGCUGACCAUCUGGCUGACCACGUUUGUGUCCUCCUUGUUCCUGGGAUUGGACUAUGGUUUGAUUACUGCUGUGAUCAUCGCUCUGCUGACUGUGAUUUACAGAACACAGAGUCCGAGCUACAAAGUCCUUGGACAGCUUCCGGACACUGACGUGUAUAUUGAUAUAGACACAUAUGAGGAGGUGAAAGAAAUUCCUGGAAUAAAAAUAUUUCAAAUAAAUGCCCCAAUUUACUAUGCGAAUAGUGACUUGUAUAGCAAUGCAUUAAAAAGAAAGACUGGAGUGAACCCUGCACUAAUCAUGGGAGCGAGAAGAAAGGCCAUGAGGAAGUAUGCCAAGGAAGUCGGAAAUGCAAAUGUGGCCAAUGCAACUGUUGUCAAAGUGGAUGCAGAAGUAGAUGGAGAAGAUGGUACCAAGCCUGAAGAAGAGGAUGGCGAAGUAAAAUAUCCCCCCAUAGUCGUCAAAAGCACAUUGCCUGAAGAACUGCAAAGAUUUAUGCCCCCCGGAGAUAAUAUCCACACCAUCAUUCUGGAUUUCACACAAGUGAAUUUUGUUGAUUCUGUUGGAGUAAAAACUGUGGCAGGGACCCCUCUCCAGAGUGAAGACUAAUUUUCUUUUCUUCUUUUCACAGCACAAGUAGUGAACGACCUCACUCGAAAUAGAUUUUUUGAAAAUCCUGCCCUAUGGGAGCUGCUGUUCCACAGUAUUCAUGAUGCAGUGUUAGGCAGCCAACUGCGGGAGGCGCUCGCUGAACAGGAAGCCUCAGCGCUCCCCCUGCAGGACGACUUGGAGCCCAAUGCCACACCUGCUACUCCAGAGGCCUAG